AGUAUUCCCGUCACAAACGGACACACACCCAUUAUUGCUUCCUCUGCAUUCUCACAAACCCAUUUAGAAUUUUCCAAAUCUCUUCCAAAGUUGAAAUCUUUCCUUUCAUUCGGAAGAUCAAAAUCAUGGAAACCAUGUUGAAGCUCGUGUUAGGCUUCUCUGCUCUGACCUCUCUGUUUCUCACAUCCUCUGCUCAAAACUGCAAUAACUAUACCUUCAAUAGCAGCAGAGUCUUCUCCAACUGUCGCGAUCUUCCCUACCUGAACUCUCACCUCCAUUGGACCUUCAACCAGUCCACGGGUCAGCUCGAUGUCGCUUACCGGCACGACGGGAUCAACUCCACCAACAGAUGGGUUGCCUGGGCCCUCAACCCCGCAGGCAGCUUGGCCUCCGCCAUGCCCGGAGCUCAAGCUCUGGUGGCUAUACUACAAAAUGGGACCGUUAGGGCGUAUACCUCGCCAAUCUCCGGCUAUAGCACCGCAUUGCAGCCUGGGAAUCUGAGUUUUCCGGUGUCGGGUUUGACGGCGACGUAUCUGAACAGCGAGGUUAUCAUGUUCGCUACUCUCAGUCUUAACAGAAACGUCAGUUCUAUGGUUCACGCAUGGCAGGAAGGAAGUGUCUCUGGUUCCACUCCUCAGGCUCAUGCUAUGAAUUCUGUAAAUGUCAACGCCAAAGAGACCUUGAAUCUUGUUUGAUUCAGUUAUUACUUAAUGAUGCCACAUGCUUACAGAUACAGUAUCUUCGUACGUCGACAUGUCAUUUGAUUUUGAAACCGUCGUCGUACGUAUUUUUAGUGAUUUUUAAUUAACCCAAUCCCGUAGUAUGUACUGUGAUAAAUAAAAUGGCUAGAAAAUAAAAUAAAGUUAUGAGUUUAUGAUAUCAACAUGUUG